AUGGUGUUGGCUAAAUCCAAGAACUCCGUGGGGCUGGGUAACAGCCUCAUGAACGAUCGCUUCGGCAAGGGAAAAGCCUCGAGCCAGAAGAAGGCGUCGCACAAUGCUAUUGCGCGCAAGAAUAUGAUGGGUGAAACCUACAUCACCAACGAAGCCCAAGAGGCAUCCUGGGUGAAGAUGCGCUCUAUCACCGAACAAGCCGCUCUCGAUGAAUUCCUUAGCACCGCCGAGUUGGCCGGCACCGACUUUACCGCUGAAAAAAUCAACAACGUUAAGAUUAUCCACUCCGAUCAGAAGAACCCAUACCUUCUCUCUGCCUCCGAGGAGAAGAAGGCCGUUAAGAAACACCAGAAGAAUAGGGGCCGCUUGACCGUGCCGAGACGGCCGAAGUGGGACUCGUCCACGACACCGCAACAAUUGGAGAUGAUGGAGCGUGAGAGUCUGUUGGACUGGCGUCGAGGGCUUGCCGAGCUGCAGGAGAACCAUGAUCUACUCAUGACCCCGUUCGAGCGCAACUUGGAAGUUUGGCGUCAGUUGUGGCGUGUUAUUGAGCGAUCUGAUCUUGUGGUGCAGAUUGUCGAUGCCCGUAACCCGCUUCAGUUCCGUUCCGAGGAUCUGGAGAACUACGUGAAGGAGAUUGAUUCCCGGAAGAAGAACCUGCUGUUGGUUAACAAGGCCGAUAUGUUGACUUUGAAGCAGCGAGAGGCCUGGGCUGAGUACUUCGAGAAGCACAACAUCAACUUCCGUUUCUUCUCCGCUCAUCUGGCCAAGGAAAAGAUGGAGGCAGAAAUGCUUCAGGAGUCCCAAGGGGACGAUGACUUGGCGGAGUCAACUAGCAAGAUGAAUGUGCAAGAUGAAGAGGAGGAUGACGAGGAAGAAGAGAGAGAUGAGGAUGUCGCUGCCAAGCUCGCCGACCCAGAUCAAUCACUGGGCCCCCAUAUCCUCGACGUCGAUGAGUUGGAAGAGCUCUUCUUGGCCAACUCUCCCGAGACUCUCGAUCAGGGCGAGGACUCUGAGGGUCCUGCUAAGCGCAAGACUACUAUCGGUCUGGUCGGUUACCCCAACGUGGGUAAGUCCAGUACCAUCAACGCCCUCCUGGGUGCGAAGAAGGUGUCCGUCUCUGCCACCCCCGGUAAGACCAAGCACUUCCAGACAUUGUAUCUCUCCCCGGAGAUCAUGCUCUGCGAUUGUCCCGGUCUGGUGUUCCCCAACUUUGCCACUACCAAGGCCGACCUGGUCGUCAACGGUGUUCUACCUAUCGACCAGCAGCGCGAGUUCACCGGUCCAUCCGCCCUUGUCGCACAGCGUAUCCCCAGACACUUCCUGGAGAACGUAUACGGUGUGAAGAUCCGAAUCCGCCCCAUCGAGGAGGGCGGUACCGGUAUUCCCACUGCCAGUGAGGUCCUGCGUGCCUAUGCCCGCGCUCGUGGCUUCUCCACCCAGGGUUUGGGCCAGCCUGACGAGUCUCGUGCUGCUCGAUACGUCCUGAAGGACUACGUUAACGGCAAGCUCCUCUUCGAGCUCUACGACCUAGCCCAUCUCCCCGCAAGGCGUCAGGCGGUGCUCGCCAAGACGAUCGUGGACGUGGAUGCCGGUGCCGAUGACGCCGAAGCCGGUGCUGAGCCCGACAUCUCCUCCUUCGUGGCCGAGCCCCAAGAGAACCAACCAGGCCUGCGUUCCCGCAACCUCGACAGCGGCUUCUUCGGCACUGCGACCGGUCCCUCCGCCGGCCGUCUCAACAUGCCCUUUAACCACAAGUACACCGAGCAGGGCCAACAGAUCCGUCAGAAUCUCACCGGCCGCAAGGAGCGCAUGAUGAUUGCCCUAGAGCGCGGUGUGGACGUCUCCGAGGUUCGGAGUUCGGCUGCGGGCUCUAAGAAGCACUUCAAGGGUAACAAGCGCCGGGCGAAGGCCCAGCGUAACAACGGCGAGGAGACCGAGGACUUCUACUAA